GACUGGUUCCACAUGCCUCCACAGAGCAGGGAGAGCACACUCCUGAGCAAGGUUCUCCAGUUUCCUGGACUAUGUGUGCUGUGGAAAGAGAGACGUCUGGGAAAGGAUACAGAUUUGUUUGUAAAUGCAUCAUAAACAGACAGCCCAGAAUGAAGAAAGCAAGCAGGAGUGUUGGCUCAGUGCCCAAAGUGCCUGGAGUAAAUAAAACUCAAACAACUGAAAAAGCCAAACCAGAAAACGGCUCCUCAGUGUCUGCAGUAACAAAACUCUCCAAAACUGGGACAUCGGCAUCUCUUUUGAAGACUAAGAGUAAUGAUGACCUCUUAGCGGGGAUGGCUGGUGGYGGUGGAGUGACAAUGACCAAUGGUGUCAAGGCCAAGAAGAACACUUGUGUAUCAACAGCAUCUUCAGYUCCAGGGACAACCAUGAACAGUCUGGAAAACAAACCCAAAACUAUUGCAGCAGGUACCAGUUCCACAACCAAGCGUAGCACUUCAUCUGGAAAUAAAGAGUCAAGCUCUUCCAGAGAGAGAAUCCGGGAUCGCUCUCGUUUGAGCCAGAGCAAGAAGCUGCCUCUGGCGGGACAGGGCCCCAGUGACGCGGUGCUGGCAAAGCGCUCCCGCAGCCGCACCAAUCCGGAGUCYGAUAUCCGGAUGAGCAAGUCCAAGUCAGACAAUCAGAUCAGUGACAAAGCUGCACUGGAAGCAAAGGUGAACGAUCUUCUGACGUUAGCAAAAACUAAAGAUGUGGAAAUCUUGCAUCUGAGAAAUGAGCUAAGGGACAUGCGUGCUCAGCUGGGACUCAAUGAAGAUCAGCUUGAAGGGGAUGAAAAAUCUGAAGAGAAAGAAGCCAUUGUUGUCCAUCAGCCAACUGAUGUAGAGUCUACACUGCUCCAGUUACAGGAACAAAACACUGCCAUCCGAGAAGAGCUCAACCAGCUGAAGAAUGAGAAUCGAAUGUUAAAAGACAGGCUAAAUGCUCUGGGCUUUUCUUUGGAACAAAGGCUGGACAACUCUGAAAAGCUCUUUGGCUAUCAGUCUUUGAGUCCAGAGAUUACAGCUGGCAACCACAGCGAUGGUGGGGGCACUCUGACAUCUUCAGUGGAAGGUUCUGCUCCUGGAUCAAUGGAAGACUUGUUAAGUCAGGAUGAAAACACUCUCAUGGACAACCAACACAGUAAUUCCAUGGAUAAUUUAGACAGUGAGUGCAGUGAAGUUUAUCAGCCACUGACAUCAAGUGAUGAUGCCUUAGAUGCUCCAUCRUCUUCUGAAUCUGAAGGAGUACCAAGUAUAGAAAGAUCUAGGAAGGGAAGCAGUGGCAAUGCAAGUGAAGUAUCCGUCGCUUGUCUGACAGAACGGAUACAUCAGAUGGAAGAGAACCAGCACAGUACGGCUGAAGAGCUCCAAGCCACACUUCARGAGCUUGCAGAUUUGCAACAAAUAACACAAGAACUGAACAGCGAGAAUGAAAGACUUGGAGAGGAAAAAGUAAUCCUGAUGGAGUCUUUGUGCCAGCAAAGUGACAAGUUGGAACACUUCAGCCGUCAGAUCGAGUAUUUCCGGUCCCUUUUGGAUGAACACCAUAUUUCCUAUGUAAUUGAUGAAGACAUGAAGAGCGGGCGCUACAUGGAGUUGGAGCAGCGUUACAUGGACCUGGCAGAGAACGCUCGCUUUGAGCGGGAGCAGCUGCUGGGGGUUCAGCAGCACUUGAGCAACACUUUGAARAUGGCAGAACAAGACAACAAGGAGGCCCAGGAAAUGAUAGGGGCAUUAAAAGAACGGAAUCAUCACAUGGAACGGAUUAUUGAGUCAGAGCAGAAAAGCAAAACAGCGCUGGCAUCUACCUUAGAGGAGUACAAAGCCACAGUAGCCAGUGACCAGAUUGAGAUGAACAGACUGAAAGCUCAGCUAGAGCACGAAAAGCAGAAAGUGGCCGAGUUGUAUUCUAUACACAACUCUGGAGAUAAAUCAGAUAUACAAGAUCUGCUGGAGAGUGUCAGGCUGGAUAAGGAAAAAGCAGAGACCUUGGCCAGUGGUCUGCAAGAGGAGCUGGCACACACCCGCAAUGACGCCAAUCGCUUGCAAGAUGCCAUUGCUAAGGUUGAAGAUGAAUACCGAGUGUUCCAAGAAGAAGCCAAGAAACAAAUUGARGAUCUCAAUGUGACUCUAGAAAAGCUCCGUACAGAACUAGAUGAAAAAGAGACUGAGAGGAGUGACAUGAAAGAAACUAUCUUUGAGUUGGAGGAUGAAGUAGAGCAGCAUCGUGCUGUGAAGCUUCAUGACAAYCUCAUCAUAUCUGAUUUGGAGAAUACAGUUAAAAAACUUCAGGACCAAAAGCAUGACAUGGAAAGAGAGAUAAAGAAUCUUCACAGGAGACUUCGGGAGGAGUCAGCAGAAUGGCGUCAGUUCCAGGCAGACCUGCAGACUGCAGUGGUCAUAGCCAAUGAUAUCAAGUCGGAGGCCCAGGAAGAGAUCGGGGACCUGAAGCGCAGGUUGCACGAAGCUCAGGAGAAAAAUGAGAAGCUCACUAAGGAGCUGGAGGAGAUCAAGUCACGCAAGCAGGAGGAAGAACGUGGCCGAGUGUACAAUUACAUGAAUGCAGUAGAGAGAGAUUUGGCAGCUCUGAGACAAGGAAUGGGCCUGAGCCGCAGAUCCUCCACCUCCUCAGAGCCAACUCCCACUGUGAAAACGCUCAUCAAGUCCUUCGACAGUGCCUCCUCCCAAGUUCCAAGCCCUGCUGCUGCCGCAAUUCCUCGCACUCCCCUGAGCCCAAGCCCCAUGAAAACUCCCCCGGCUGCUGCUGUAUCCCCAAUGCAGAGGCAUUCCAUAAGCGGGCCAAUCUCAGCUUCAAAACCCCUUGCUACACUGACAGACAAAAGACCAAGCUAUGCAGAAAUCCCUGUUCAAGAACAUUUGUUGAGAACAUCCUCUACCAGCCGGCCAGCCUCUUUGCCAAGAGUCCCUGCUAUGGAAAGUGCCAAAUCUAUUUCAGUGUCUCGAAGAAGCAGUGAAGAAAUCAAGCGAGACAUCAGCGCACCUGAUGGAGCAUCUCCAGCAUCUCUCAUGGCAAUGGGUACCACCUCCCCACAGCUGUCCCUCUCAUCWUCUCCUACAGCAUCAGUCACCCCUACAACCAGAAGCAGAAUAAGAGAAGAGAGGAAAGAUCCCUUGUCUGCCCUAGCAAGAGAAUAUGGAGGAUCCAAGAGAAAUGCCUUGCUGAAGUGGUGCCAGAAGAAAACAGAGGGCUAUCAGAAUAUUGACAUCACAAACUUCAGCAGCAGCUGGAAUGAUGGCCUGGCUUUCUGUGCAGUUCUCCACACUUAUCUCCCAGCUCAUAUUCCCUAUCAAGAACUGAACAGCCAGGACAAGAGAAGAAAUUUCACUUUGGCUUUUCAGGCAGCUGAAAGUGUUGGCAUCAAAUCUACUCUGGACAUCAAUGAAAUGGUGCGAACUGAGCGUCCAGACUGGCAGAAUGUCAUGCUGUAUGUUACAGCAAUUUACAAAUACUUUGAAACCUGAACCCUAAUCAUUCGACAGAUCCAUGGGAUACAACCGAUGUGAGCUACCAGAUGGAAAUCAUCCUGAAAUGCUAAUCCCCAUUUCACUGAAAACUGGCAACAUUUGAGUCCCCUCAAACUUCAGUGACACUACCCUGGAUUGCCUCAGAUUGCUUCAGCUACUAAGCCUGGAAACAAUUGUUUAAAAGCAAGAACUUGUUGCCACAGUGCUUGGAGUAACCCAAGUUAUUAAGCUAUUCAGAUUAAUUAUGUAGCCUAUAGAGCCUGGACUACUUUUGUGCUGCCUUUCCAGUCAGACUUCCUGAAACUUUCUUCCCUGGGAGAGUGAUAUGAAUGCUUCCCCCUAGCAAAUAGGAGACUGAAUGUACAGAUAAAGCUUUGAGAAGGAAAAGGAUAACAUGGCAUCAUAUUACUGAACUUCCUGUAGCAUCCUGAUUCCACAGACUCUGAAUAUUCUAUCCACAGCAAAUGGCAGCCCAAUACAGUAGAGUUCUUAAUGGUAACUUAGUUACUGCCUAUACAGCUAUUUUCCAUCCUUUAAAAUGUGCACAAUAUUCUAAGAAAACAAGCUUUGAUUCCAUGAUGACAAAUUGAGGGGAAAAGUGCUCUUGAUACCUCAAAAAAUCUGGCACAGAAGAAGUCUUCAUUCUAAAGCUUCAUUAUAAGCCUACCUCUGUCACAGUGAUGUGGCUUUCAUCUUUAUCUUAUGGAUUGUAAAGACUAGCACAUGCAGCUCCUGGCUUUCAGGGUACACUGUACUCCAAGGAAUCUGUGCAAACUCCCUGUGCUUCCAUUCUAACAGAAAUGAAUCAAUUAUCACCCCUUGCCUGGCUUGGUCUUUCCUCUCUUCUUCCUUUGCCUGUGCAGCGCACGCAGCUACCCCGGGCUUUYCUCUACAGCAAUACGAGCACACGUYGUGGCUAUCUGUGGUAGAAGUUUGGAACUGGGAUARCAUUUCCUCUGCAGAGAAGAUAUUCUCAAUAAGAUGUAAUAAUGAAGUAGGUUGUCUCAAAAUUCAACUUUGCCAUGUUUUCURUAUGUUUUUCAUUGGUCUUGCACAUCCUCAUCUGAGUGACAGAAGGUGAGAUGUUCCCUGAGGAGGACUAUGGAGGAACUGAUGUAAUGUGUGCACACCCAGUAGUCUCAAAUAUUGUGUGGAAAUGACUCACUGUCACAAGGAAGGAAUUGAGAAACUUUAGUCUGCUCAACUUCUUUUUUUCCUAAAAUGUACCUGAAUUCAUUUAGCAGCUCUUGGGCAAAAGAGUUUAAGUGCCUUAGCGAUCAUUGAGUUGAUACGUCCUGGCACUUCAGGGCCUGGUGUGGAAUGUUAAUGGCUCMCAACGAUUUCAUGGCUCCAUUUGUCAUGAGCUGUUUGUUGUAAUCUUGUUUGUCAAAUCRGGGGGGAGACUUCACUCUGUCAUUGCUUCUGCCUCUUGCUUUUCUGAACACUUAUCAGCAGCUCAGCCACAGAACAUCUCAUUAAUAUUAAGCAGAAGCCAACUUGAGCAGUGAGUUCUGUAACAGCUGCUAUUUAUAAGCACAGGCUCUUUCAGCGCAGUAACCCCGUUGUAAAGAAAAUAAAUCUGUUCUAUGGUGCUCCUACGACUGUUAAGGACAGUUUGAAUGUCAUAGAUGUUAACCCAGUGAAUGCAACUGUGCUUGGCRUCUGUGAAACUUCUUCAUGGUAUAAAAGCACAGAUUUAACUCAAAACUAUUGCCAAAUCCCAGACCCCCAUCAUCUGAAGAACACAGCCCACGUGAAGAGUAAUAAUUCAGCAUGUUUUUAGCAUUGUAUAAGAAUACACACACUGAUAUGUGCCUGUGAGAAUUAUGGAAUUUUGCAAAAUAAUUACUUAACCCAUGUUGAGGGCCUUUGGAGRAGUUUUCAGAGCAGCAGUGUCUCAAACAUUCUUACAGCUCUUUAGAACUAGAAGUAGAUACCCUCAGAUUAUUAACUGGUGCUUUUGAAGAGCCAGCGUAAUCUAAAGCCAAUAGUUGCAAGAGAGGUUUCAAGUGAAAAGCCUUCAUUAAUAGAUUUUAAUAAAAGUCUGAAAUGCAUUUUCCUCUCCUCUAUAUUUCUUCAAACUUUUUUUUAACUUCAUUUCUUAAGUUUCAAUAGGAAUAGUUUUACUGGAAACACACAUUACUGCUGUCUUGCAUUCCAUCUCCUACUACUAAAUUCCAGAUUUUGCCAAUUAGUGUCUAAAACCCCCUUCUAUUUUUCCUCUGAACAGAUAUCCUUAUCUAUGAUUGUCUUAUUCAUUGCCUUAGAUCUAAAAAAAUAUUUUUGUAAUGAAAAGGAUAGUAUUUCUUGAUCCAAAUUCACUCAUGACGUGUUUUGGUGAGGUAAUUCRAGCUUAGAGUUGAUUUUUUUUCUGUCCAAUGGUCAUCUUGGUUUACCUGGAAUGUUGUCGGAGUCCUUAACUGCAGUAACAUUGAGAGUGUAACCAUUUGUCAAAGGAGAAAUCAUCUUUGCCAGAUCCUUUCUUGUUAAAAAGAUGAGCUGCUGGUCUUCAGAAAGGAAGAGAGAAAAAAACUAGAGUAAUUAUAAAAGUGAUCUUUUCACAAACUUCAGAGCUCUGUAAACUUCUUCCUGGUGUGAUYUGUCUGAUAAACCUCUGUGAAUCCAGCCCAGCAACUCUGGGCUUCAUGAAGAGUUUUUUGUGUACUGAUGUAUCUGAGCCUUUACAUAUGAGGUGCUGCUCAGCUGCUGAGUGGAAGGAACGAAGCAAUGGAAGAUCCAAYGCAAACACAAUGGCCUGCUGCCCUCUACAAUGGGAUUUUUCUGAAGGUUCAAACCACAUUCAGUUGUUCAAGAGGGAAAAUAGCUGUAACCCUCCUGGAUGUGGAAUAURCUGUUGUGCUUGGGUUUUUUUCAUAGUUAAUCCUGAAACAGCCUGUUUUUUUGUUCAUGUGAAGUACAAGUUUAUUCUGUUUUACUUUCCUUUUAAUCCAUAAAAUAGUUCUGAAUGUACUAAAAAUAUUUGGUCAUCCAUUUGUAUUUUACUAUGUGCCUUGCAAAUGCCUGAGCUGUAGUAUCUGGGUUACUCAUGGCCAGCUGUAGGCAACAAAAUGGAGCURUGGGACAUCCUGAUGCAGGUACAGCUGUCAUCCUCUGGACCCUGUUAAUGGAAACACUUCUGUAGCUGUAACACUUGCUUUGCUUUUCAGUUGGUUUCAUUUAAUCCAGUUUGAUUUUGUUGUCUAUUUAAAUAGAAACACUAAUUUAGUAUCUCCAAUGUGUGAAACUCUGGCCCUUACAAAAGACMUCUUAUUGCCAUGCCUCUGAAAAACUGAGUGAAAUUUUCCUUUUUAAAUUUGUGUUGGUGACUAGAUUAUUAUCCAAUAUAUAAUUAUGAUACAUUCUCAUUUUAAAUAGAUUUUUGUCUCCUUGCAUAAAAUAUAUUCUUUGAUUUACAUGUAAUGUUUCUGAUAAUUUUUUGUCUCCAAUUUUAUGACAUAUUUCAACUGUUUGUGUUUUUCUGUAAAGUCUAUCAUUGURUCUUAGGAUCCCCUAAAUUUGCCAGAGCUAAAUGAACUCUACUUUAAUUUAUUGGUGUAAAUUCCUGUUAAUGUCCCUGGCAGCAGUGGUGCUCUGGUUUUAUGUGCAUGAGGAGAAAUAAAUUGCACCCCUCCUGUAAUGGUGCAGGACAGUGGUUUAAGCUGCUGAGGAUCUGCCUUGUGGAUCGUGUAGCUGUGACAUUGGAGUCUCAUUUCUGUUUCUGAUCUCAGUGUUAAGUUUUUAGUUAUUUUUUCCGUUUCAGCACUUCAGACAUUUGGAUUCUUUUGCAUCACCAAAAAAUAGCUUUCGCUCAAUUCUAUUUCUGUACAGAUUUGGCCCAGGGCACAGUUUUUAUUCCAACCUAGUUUUAACCAAGAUUAUUUGGGAAGUUGGAGAUUUGGAGAACUUGUGGGUGUUGUUCUUACUGCCUGUGCCUGGUUUGGGGAGGCUGCCUGGUGUUCAGGUGGUGUGUGAGAGCUCCUUCCAAAGCUGCCCCGGGCUGGCUGAAGUGAUGCAGUUACACCUUUAAACUGUUCCUGGGACUCCUGUGGUGACCUGACUUCUUGUUUGCCUCUUGCAACUAACACAGCCACAAGCAGGAGCUGCUAAGGGGCAAAAUUCUUCUGGGAAGGAAUGCAGUUUUACACCUUCAGGCUAUUUUUUGCCCAUUGUGRGUUAUCCUGAGUUGGCCUAGAGGACCUUCAAACAGUCAUGUUCACGUAUGGACUGAGUUAACUGUGUAGUUUGUUUGUGGUCCUUCCCUUGACUUGGUAAAUAUUUAUUUYAGUUUUAUUUUUAUUUUCUUCCAAGCUCUAUUUCUGCAAUUCCUUUCUUUAAGCUAAUUACCAUUAGUGUAUCCCUUUCUUUAAGCUAAUAUUAACCAGUUUGAGAAAUCAUUUGGUGAGAAUUGCUAUUAAAGUGUCUUCAUCAUCCAUGAGUGCUGGACAUGCCAUUGUGCUUUCCCAAGUUAGUGUGUGUGGACUGGCAAAACACAGACAUCUCUUAAUACAUUUAAUUGUCCCUAUUUAGAAAGGUAUUUUUAAUAGUGUUUCUGCUUUCACAGGAGAAUGGCUGGAUGGGUUUUAAAUUACUGUGUGGCUUGCUGUGUCCCUCCUCCUCUAUGUUUCUUCUGUUGCAUUCCCUCAUUUCAGAAUCAGUGUUGUAGUCACUCUGUAAUUAUCAAACCCAAGAUGUUAAGCAUCUGGAAUAUGUAGCAAGUAUGCUUUGGAUAAUUAAUGCUAAAUAACUUAAAAGGUCGAGGUUUGUACAAUUCUGAUUUCUGUUAAUUGUUACGAGUGUCUUUUUUCCCUUGUGUUUUUGCUACACUUGCCAGUUGUUUGGAUGCAGCACCCUUGAACUUGGUUGACAAAGUCACCGUCCUAAUCUCCUUGAGUUAAUUAAUUCUGUGAUAUUACARUUAUUUCCUCACAGUGAAACUCUAGUAAAACCUAUGAAUACCAGAUGACUUCCUUCCAGCUUGCUYGUAGGCCACUGUCUGGCUCAGAGUUGCACAUCAAGUUCCCAUCAGUUCCAGCAGGACCUGGGGAUGCAGAGCAGUAGGGRAAACUUUUGGCAGAAUAUUACAGCAGCCUGAUGCAAUUAAGCUGGUUUCAUUUUAAUCCCCUAUUUUCAGGGGUUUUCAGUUUAGGCAAAAUCAUUUACUGAAAGCUGAAAUGUGGCCUGUUAGUUCUCCACUGGGAAGUAUGCUUCUGUUUAAUAAUAUUUUUAUGAGAUUGUAUUUAUGGAAAUGGAAAGAAAAAUGUCAUAAAGCUAGUUUUGUUGCACUUUUCUAAGGGUUUUGUAUUUUGCAUAGUUCUAGAAUAUGAGAAAGUUGUUUGGGGAAGUGAAGGCUUAAAACCUGCUGUGCCCCAGCAUAGCAAUGUAUUCUGUGCAUUUUCACCCUCGUGUGAUCCAUGUGUUAUUUUAAUUGCAUGUAACUGGUGUAUUUAUGUGAUAGUGAGGGAGCCCAGUGGACAUUUCCUGCUGCAGAGGAGCCWUUGGCAGUCCUGGUUCCACAGUUCAGGAACUGACCUGUUCUGACUGUAGACUGCACUUGCAAUAAUGGAAUAGUCCAUUUUUGAU